AUGGGUAUCUUGAAGGUAACAUCUUAGCUUAUGACAAUGAUAAAUGGCAAGAAGUCAAAAUUGAAUGAUUCCCAGAUUUCUAGCAAGAGGUUAGCGUCAUUGUUCUCUAUAUACUUAGCUUUUCAAAGCCUGAACUACAGCAUUUCUAUUAGUAGCACUUCCUAUGGAUUGCAAAGUUGUAACACGGAAAUAUGUUCUUGUAGCAAGACCCUCUAAAUGGGCACAGAAAGGUGAUCGAGUCGUUGUUCAAUCUCCUGUGCGGAACAUCACAAAUGAGUCAGCUAUUCCUGUGAGACGAUUCAAUGGCGAUGAAGAAAAUUCAGUUUAUUUUAUGCCCGUACAAGACAUUGAAAAGGAUGGUAGCGUUGCCUACAAAAAUGCAAUGGUUUCGAGCAAGUCCACACUUAUCGAUACUCACGGCGUGGCGUUAUUUCGAAGUGUUUCUGACUUCGAUUAUCAACCUGGUGAUCGCUUUUGGCUAUUUAUUGGUCCCGAGAGAAAUGACGAUGAGAAGGACGUUCCGGUCAUUAACCAUGGUAGCGGGGUUAGUACCUAUUUUCCAUGUAUGUUGGUUUCCAAAGAUGCGAGGACCUAGAAAUGAAGUAUGGAUCUUUGGGGACAGAAUUAGAAAGCAAAAACUGCCUGGGAGGAACAACUUCACUUUUUGGUCUUGGGGCAUAUGCCAAUAUCUCGACGGAAAGCCAGCAACGACAAAAUGGAUUCAAAUACCCGUAAGAAAUGUCAGUACUGAUAAACAACAGUGGCUAUCAUCUUCUGAGGCUUGGCCACUGUUCGCUCACAUAUAUAAGAAUAUGAUUAAAGAUCGACUGCAAAUAUUUUCGCCGUUGUUGCCUCCACCUCAAUCAUCAACUUGGGCAGGAUCCUCAAUUUUACUAUCCGGAGACUUGUACACGCCACCUGUAUCUCCAUGUAUGGACAAUUCAAAACCAUUGGGUGAACAUAGCAGUCCGGAGCCGAUGCGGAGAUCCAAGAAAACAGACAUGGCUGCUCGGGACUCUAUCCUGGAUCUCGCAUCGAAAGGAACAUCGAGGCCUCUUCGGUGUAGUAUCAUACAUCCACAACGAAGUCCAUCCUCUAGAGAUCGCAGAAAAUAUCGUAGAACAGACGUUAAUGAUACUUGGAGUGAUUCCGGAUGCUCUGAGAACACCGCUCGACCAUCUACAAAAUCGCCUUCACUGACAAUGGAGAAUGGCAAUAUCCGUCCAUGCAGUGAUUAUCUAAGGAAGUCAAUAUUGGCACAAGACGGAGAAGAUAUAAUGAGCGCGUUACGCCAAACUGAUGUGGUCCAAGGAGUCGCCAAGCAGAUCACAAAUAGUCGGAUCCAAGACUCAGAACAACCGGUACUUUCUGCGGCAUAUUCAGACCUUAGGACCAACCCUUCGAUAAUAUCAACGAGACACCAGAUCAAAAAGAACAUGGCGACCGUCGAAGAUUCGACACUUAGAAAAGAUCACACUGCAAAAUUGUGCGAUCUUAGAAAAGGAGACUGCGAGUGGUCACUUCGUUCUGUUUCAAAACAUUACCAUCCGGACCAUAAGAAAUGCGUCAGCGGGAAGCGGUUACCAAAGCACCAGCAUUGUAUCUCAUCACUACGAGCACUUCCCAACACUGCAGGGUCCUGUCUUAUUGAAGGUCUACACGAGCAUGAGUGUUGUGUAUGGGAGGACGAGGAUAUGAAAGACCAGCAUACUCCCAUCAAGAAAGAAUUGUAUGAAGCGAAGAUAGCAGAAGCGAGAAAGAACAUUAUGGAUAGUGACAGAUUGAACAUUAAGAUUCCAGAUCAAAUAAUUGAUGGGAGCAAGAAUAUCAAGGAAGAGCCGUGGAUUCCACCUAUGCCGGAGGAGGUCCUUGAUGGGUAUGGAAAAUGGCUUAAAGAUGAAAUCGAGAAGGGAUACUAUCUGGACAAAGUUUUCAAGUUGGGAAAGAUGAAAUAUUACGAUCAUGAUCAGGAUUAG